AUGACUCGGAAGGACGCCAGCGACUCUGGCAAGCUCGAGUGCGUCUGCGCGGGUUCGCAAUCUGACACGUCCUGUGACGGUGCUUACAAGUAUGAGUAUGGUUCAGUUGUUGCAACCGCUGCCGCUGUCAUGUCCAACUUUCUCUCCCUUCUAGGGUGGUCCUUUCUGCCGAAUUUCGUGACCGGCUGGACGCAGACCAUCUACUACUCCAUCACCAUACGCGCCGGCGACCCGCGCCCCCAGCCCGGCUCGGCCAGGUACAUCACCCACCGCCGCAGGAUCCACUUCCUCGUCGUGUCCCUCUACCUCCUCUACACGCUCUACGAGGCCGACCACGACCUGCGCCGCGACGGCAGCUUCUACGCGGACCUCGGCCUGUCGACGCUCGCGCCCGAAGACCGCGAGAUCAAGUCGCGCUUCCGCCGCCUCGCCGCCGUCCACCACCCCGACAAGUCGUCCGACGCCGACGGCGCCUCGCGCUUCAUCCACCUCAAGCUCGCCUCGGACACGCUCCUCAACCCGGCGGCGCGCUUCGCCUACGACCGCUUCGGCCCCGAGGUCACGCAGUGGCAGCGCCUCACCACGCUCACCCUCGUCACCCGGCCCCUGCCGCCCGCCUUCCUGACCGCCGCCAACGCCCUGACCUCCGCCCUCACCACGCGCCAGCCCCUGCUGCCCUUCCAGCUCAUCGCCCUCGCCCGCAAGGCCAGCAUCACCCUCUACAUUGCCUUUAACCAGCUCGGGCCCCUCAUCGACGUCUUGCUCGCCGGCGGCCCCCCGCAGCCCGACGACGACGACGACGCCAACGCCCAGGAGAGCCUGCACCAGGGCCUCGAGCGCCUCGACGCCCUGGCCCGCGGCCUCGACCACGACGCCGCCAAGCUGCUGUCCAUGGAGAUGGUGCCGUACGCCGGCGACGCCGAGGCCCUCGGCGCCGUCCGCGCCAAGGUCAAGGACUGGCUGGUCCAGAACACGAUCCGCGCCGACCCCAUGGUCAAGGACGCCGUGGGCAACUCCAUCCGCAGGCGCCGCACCGACGCGCCCGCCGGUGCCAAGGGAACCAGGUAG